AUGGAGCCACCGCCUCCGCCCCCGCCCCCGCCGCCACCAGAGGACUGCGCCACCUCAGAGUUCCACUCGAAGCAGACUGCUCAUCCUGAUGAGGAAGCCACGUUUGCAGAGCACGGCUUUGCACCAGCGCCUGUGAUCGCACCACCGCGACCACAGACGGCGAGCCGACUCAUACUCAUUCCUCUGUGCAGAAAGGGCUCAGAGUCUUUCCGUCCGGAUGCUCAGUUUUGGGGCUCCAGCUGGUCGUCCCGUAGUUUUGGCCGCAGAAGCUGCAGCAUGGCGGAAGAUGACGGCGUUCCCUUUACGCUAGCAUUGAUUGCUGGUGGAGUCGCGGGUACGACUGUGGACUGCGCACUGCACCCUCUGGACACCUUCCGAACUCGGCUCCAGUCAGAAAAGGGAUUCUGGGCCUCAGGAGGCUUUCGCGGAGCCUACAAGGGUAUUCUCUCCGCUGCCAUCGGAUCUGCACCUGGCGCUGCCAUGUUCUUCUCCACAUACGAGACCAUGAAGAAGGUGUCCAAGAACUUUUCCGGGAACCAGGAGCACUGGACUCAACAUGCCGGCGCGUCAUCAUGCGGAGAAGCCAUGGCUUGUCUGGUCAGGGUGCCGACGGCCAACAUCACUCAGAACAUGCAAGUCGGCAGGUAUACGAGGCUUACCGAAGCCAUUGCCGCCAUUUACAGAACCGGAGGUCUCGGAGCUUUCUAUGUAGGCUAUGGGACAAUGGUCAUGCGAGAGAUCCCUUUCUCGUUCAUCCAGUUUCCACUCUAUGAGAGGUUCAAGAAGAUAAUAGCUGAGAGGCAAGGCAGCGAGACAAGUGCCAUUCAAGGUGCAGCCUGUGGCUCGCUAGCUGGUGGCAUAGCUGGUGGCACCACCACUCCCCUCGAUGUGGCGAAAACCCGAAUCAUGCUAGAGAAGGUGGAAGAGGGUGCUGCUCGAAAGUACGAUGGCACUAUGCAGACUCUCAGAGUUAUUGCAGCAGAGGAGGGCAUUCCAGGACUCUUCAGGGGGAUCGGGCCCCGCGUUAGUUGGAUCACGAUUGGAGGCUUCAUCUUCUUCGGAGCAUACGAGGGAGCUCAAAAGGCCCUCCAGAGAACCGGCCUAUGGUGA